AAGGUCAUGCACCUACAGAAUGUUAUAAUUAAAUUAAAUGUAUGUACUUAAUUUUUCUUCCCCAUUUCAUAGCAUCAAAGGUUUGAAACUUCUCUGAAUCAUGCCUUUGAGCAGCUCGGAGAGGAUAGUGAGUAGUGCAUGGAAUUAAGUUGCCAUGGUAAAAAUAAACACUGAUUCUCUGCUGAAAUAUGACAACCCAGUCUUGGUGAGCAGAAACACAGAAAAGAAGUCACCAAAGGCACGGCCUCUGAAAGUGGCCCCACAACAGCCUGCCAUGACUGGCCCUGUGCCACCUCCACCCAAACCCAAGAUCCCCUCAGCCGAUGCCAACAAACAGCAAACCGAGGAGAUCCUCAAUGCCAUACUACCACCCAGGGAAUGGAUGGAGACCAACCAGCUGUGGGUGCAGCAGGUGUCCAGCACGCCGUGUACCCGCAUGGAUGUGGUGCACCUACAGGAGCAGCUGGAUCUGAAGCUGCAGCAGAGACAGGCCAGGGAGACGGGCAUCUGCCCAGUCCGCAGGGAGCUCUACUCCCAGUGCUUCGAUGAGUUGAUCAGACAGGUAACCAUCAACUGUGCUGAGAGAGGACUGCUGUUGUUGCGUGUGCGAGACGAAAUCCUUAUGACCAUUGCUGCUUACCAGACACUGUAUGAGAGCAGUGUGGCCUUUGGCAUGAGAAAAGCCCUGCAGGCCGAGCAGGGCAAAUCUGACAUGGAGAAGAGGAUCUCCGAUUUGGAGAGCGAGAAGCGGGACCUGGAGAGACAGGUUAACGAGCAGAAGGCCAGGUGUGAGGCCAUCGAGAAGAGGGAGACUGAGAGACGGCAGGUGGAGGAGAAAAAACACACAGAGGAGAUUCAGUUCCUGAAGAGGACCAACCAGCAGCUCAAGGCCCAGCUCGAGGGGAUCAUUGCCCCCAAAAAGUGACCCCUUCAUUCCACAAGUGAUCUGUAACCAGCAGAUUUCAGAUGGUCCGACACAGCAUUAUGUAAUAAAAGUCUACUUCAUAACCAUAAAGCCUUGCGUUUCUAUAGCAGAAUAAAAGAACUCAAAUCA